UACGGUCGGUUACUCUGCGCUUCAACCCAACAUUGGGGCGGGGUCAGUGCUGCCGCCCGAGCCAAUCAUUGCUUUACUGAGGCCGGUGAUCCGUCACUCGAUUGGGCCGCCUGGUUGUUUCUCGGGUUAGCUGUCAGCAGGUUCGGCGGCGCCGGAGAAGGGAGAAAGUCUCGGAGCAGAGACCAGAGAGCGAGAGCUAGGGAGGGCCAGGCCGCGGGGGCUGCUGUCAUGGUGGGGUUUGGAGCCCCGCGGCGCACGGGCCGCCUGCCUCCCUUUGUGUUGGUGGUGUUACUAAUGGUCAUCGCCUUCCUGGCCUUCAACCUCUGGAGCGCGUCCGGCCGCCAGGCAGGGCUGCAGGAGGACCUGGCGGCGCUGCAGGAGCAGGUGCAGCGCACGGAAGUGGCUCGGAGCCGGCUGGAGAAGCGGCACUCAGAGCUGAUGAUGCAGGCGGAUGGCAGCCGGAGGCAGCUGGAGCAGCGGCUGGGGGAGUACCAGAGCCUGGGGGAGAGACUCCAUGCCCGGGACCUGGAGGCCCAGCGCUGCGAGGCGGAAAGGGAGAAGCUGCUGGCUAAUGUGUCACUCCAGAUGGCAGAUGGCAGUCGUUUGAAGGAACAGUUACAUGAGCUACAUCAAGAGUUUGUGCGACAGGAGGACCAGCUGCAUGAGUACAAGAACAAUUACACCCUGCUUCAGAAAGCACUAAAGGAAGAGAGCCAACAGUGUACGAAACAACUGGCAGAUCAGAAGUAUGAGUAUACUGAGAGCAUUAAGAAACUUCAGCUAGCGGACAAGGAGAAAGUAGAGAGAUCCUCAAGCAAGGCUGCAGGAGGUGAAGCUGACCCUGAGAGCAAGAUGCACACCAUCGCCACUGUAGCUAUAGACGAUAAGGUGGAAAACCCUUCCAGUAACCGCCUGAACUACGAUAGAGAUGCUGCCAAAGUUGGUGGUGAUGCAGGAAUGCCAGCAAUAGAAGACAAUGAGCCAGCGAAGCCCAAUAUUGUCCCCACUGAUGGAAAGAAAGACAACAUUGAUGCUUUGCCACAUUAUAUUGUGGAGUCCGAGAGGCAGCCUUCCUUACAAACUGACUCUAUUGCCAAUGCUCAAGCCAAGUACCUACCUCCUGGUGCCAAGAAGGACUCUGUACCGCCAUUAGAAGAAAAUGUCCUUCACUUUGGUCAGCUACCCCUGAAACAAAUCCCCAAAGAGCCGAAGUCCAUGAUAUUUCCUAAUAUAAAGCAAAGUCGGUUUUUUGAUGAGAAUGAGUCCCCUGUUGAUGCUCAACAUGGUUCAAAAGUGGCAGAUUAUAACGGGGAUGAUGGGAACGUGGGUGAGUACGAGGCAGACAAGCAGGCAGAGCUGGCCUACAAUGAGGAAGAGGAUGGUGAUGGGGGAGAAGAAGAUGUACAAGAUGAUGAAAAUGAUGGACAGGGGGAUGCAGCAGAAUACAGAAAAGAUCACUUUGGCGAGACCCUUUAACCUGUGACCUGGAUGGACGAAGAAACUAAUCAAACGUGCCAAGUUUGUCUGGUCUAUUACUUGUACUGUAAGAGAAGGCUCAAAGACCAGGAACGGAUCUUGUUCAUACAGGUGCAGCGGAAGAUCAGAACUGUUGACUGAUCACCUCUCUGGUGGACAGACCUAAUAUGCGGCAUUACAGUUACAGUAGGGCUAUACCAACAAAGGCGGUCACAGUCCUCCUUGGACUAUAGACGUUGAACUUCCUCCUGAAAUGGACUCUUUUUAAACCCUUUUCCUUGGGCUGUAAAUAUGAACCUUUUGCUGGAAAUUUGGUUCAGGAUUCAGUUCCUACUUGGUUUGCUCUUUAUAAGUUCAUAAACAAGAUGCCCAAAAAUAUCUGGAUAUUCGUGACUGAAAUGUUCAUUCUUCCCAGAAAUGUGCCAUGCAGAGAUCCACGUCAAACCUGAUUCCAGUGUUGGACACACGAGGACUGCAAUUACCCUAGUAUAAUAGGCUGAGAUAAAGAUUCUGAUGUCUGCUGUAGGCUUUACUUACUGUAUAAGAUGCCUUUCCUGUGACCGUUUCUCUGAGGCAGGAAGGGCUGCAUAUUAGUACCUUUUCUCAAUCUUCCUUGUGUAAGCAGUGCAGCCAAGUACCAGUUUCUCUGCAAUUAUUUAUAUAUUGUUUGUAUUUUGUAUGUCAUAUGUGUAAAUAGAAUCACACACUGUACCAUGUAACACACUUAUGUCUACCAGGCAGAAACUGCACCUUUAAAUUAAGUUGGGAUCAAUCAUCAAAAUAUACAUUUCCUAAAAUGUUGUUAGGGGGCCCUAUAUCAGGUGACUAAUUCACAGUGACUGUAUGCACACUUGCCACGGUAUCAUCGCAACCAUUCGGUACCACUGUAGGGCUUGGUGCGCACUUUGAGCGACAGAUGUACUGUAUAUGGCAAUGUACUUACAGCAAAGGGCAUUGGUUGUGUUUGCCACAAUGCAUAAGGGGUUGCCCAAGAAACCUCUUUUCGAAGGAUGUGACUGUAACAGCCAUAAAUACUGUAACUCCCAUGCAUGAAUAGGAAUUUAGAUAACAAAUGGGUAAAAUAAAAAUAAGGGAUAACAUUUGUAUAAAAGAAUCUGCUCCAGUUGUUGUAAAACAUUAUUCCAGUCAGAUUAUUAUUUACAGAUUUACUGUUCAUAGCUGUAACAUUAGGGUGUAUUGGCUACCUACUGACUGUGGAGGCAGCUAUAUGCUGAACCAAUAUUUAAGUGUGCAGUCUGUCCGUGCACCGGGAACUAGUGACAACUGUGCCUCUUGCUAUAAUGCUGUCAAUGGGUUCCUUGAUUCCGUCCCUACAAUGUCUGUCCAGGGUGAGUACUUUUAGGUAUUUUUGGACUGGGCCUGUCGCCUACACACAAUGCAGGUAUCUAUUCUGCUGGAUGAAAUAAUAUUGAUGCGUGUGUAGCCUCUCCGGUCACUGGCAACCAGUUUCUCAUGAGUGGAAGUCUGGCCUCGUGAAUAUUUGGCAGUACUUCCGCGAUGACACUUGUUCCUAGCAAAGGACUAGGCAGGACAGACUAGAAGCUCUCACAGUUUUUAGGUGGUAAGUACCCAGUGACUAAUGUUUCAGCAUAUGGACACUUUCUUUGUGGAAAGAUUAUUGAAAAAAAUUAAAAUAAAGAUAAAUACAAAAUUAAUCAUCUUCAUUUUGGGUGGGAUUACCUGACAUAAAUAUUUUAUUACUUGCACAAAAUUAUGACUUUCAUAUGCAAAGUUUAACGUUGUCAAUGGGACGUGAAUGAGAAAAAAAACAACUUUACAUCAUAGUGCAGGGCUUUUGCAAAUUACGUUUUAUUGACCCGAUUUCAAUUUUAUCCCAUUUUAAUUGCAUAUUUGUUUAUUGUUAACCUUAAAAUUCUGACUCAGAAUUUGUUAAUGGUUGUUUGUGUGUGCGACCGCGUUGGUACUGUACACAUUUAGUCCUGAAACCUGUGUCCAUGUCCUGCACUGUGGGAGCACAGUCCCUUGUGGGAGAUUCUUAAUAAAGGUAGGAAAAAGGUUA